CCAUAGUUAGAAGAAAUAAGAAGGUGAGCUUGGUGGUGGUUGCAAAGCCCAAAAAAGGAAAAAAAAAUUACACAACACUUUUAGCUUAGAAAAUAAAAUAAAAAUUUUGCCUUUAUAAAUAUAACAAUCUCUUACAAAUUCUCAAAUCUCAAACGAAUGAAGCUCAGCUGCUAAUGGUGAAUCUUCAGUUAUGCUAAAAGAGCUCACCAUCUUAACGCAACUCAUUCAAACCUACGCCCGAAACGGUAAGCUUCAAAAGGGCAAGCAGCUCCACGCCCACCUCCUCACAUCCACCGGCAUCCCCUCUACCUUCAUCGCCAAUCACCUUCUCAACAUGUAUGCCAAAUGCGGCGAUCUCACCCAUGCCCUCAACAUGUUCGACAGUAUGCCGCAACCUAACCUCGUCACUUGGACUGCCAUGAUCACUGGCUUCUCCCACAACGCCAGGUUCCUCGAUUCCCUCCUAACCUUCUACAACAUGCGCGCCUCCGGCAUUCAACCGACUGAGUUCGCCUUCUCCAGCGCCAUCCAAGCAGCCACCGCCCUCGGAUCCCUUGCAGUCGGGAUGCGGCUUCACUCUCUUAGCCUGAAGCUAAGUUACAACACAGAGCUGUUCGUCGGCAGCAAUCUUGCCGACAUGUACUCCAAAUGCGACUCCUUGGCUUUCGCUUGCAGGAUUUUCGAGGAGCUGCCGGAGAAAGACGAGGUUUCUUGGACCGCCAUGAUCGUUGGGUAUGCAAAAAACGGUGAUUUUGACAAAGCUUUGGUGGCAUUUCACAGUAUCCUUGAAAAUGAAACCCUCGCCGCCGAUCAGCAUGUUUUCUGCAGCGCUCUCAGCGCUUGUGCAGGGCUGAAAGCUGGUCAGCUCGGCCGUUCAAUCCAUGCCAGGGUGGUAAAGUCAGGCUUUUCGACAGAGAACAUUGUCAACAAUUCACUCACUGACAUGUAUUCCAAGAACGGAGACAUGGAGAGCGCUGCAACUGUUGUUGAUACCUCUUCUAAUGGCUGGAACGUUGUGUCCUGCAGCUCGUUGAUCGACGGCUAUGUCGAAGUGGACCGCAUAGAGGAAGCCAUUACCACAUACGUGGAAUCAAAAAGGCGUGGAAUUUACCCCAACGAGUUCACUUUCUCAAGCUUGAUCAAGGCUUGCGCCAACGAUGCCGCUCUGGAUCAAGGAAUCCAACUCCAUGCUCAGGUGAUCAAAACCAGCUUCUUCCUCGACUCCUUCGUCUGCGCCGUCCUUGUCGACAUGUACGGCAAAUGCGGCCUUCUCUCCUCUUCAUAUCAAAUCUUUGAAGAGACUCAGAACCCAACCAACAUCACCUGGAAUUCCAUAAUCAACGUAUUUGCACAGCACGGCUGCGGCCAGGACGCGAUUGAGGCAUUUCAUCAAAUGGUUGCAAGACACAUCGAGCCGAACCACAUAACUUUUAUCAUUCUUCUUAUGGCCUGCAGCCAUUCCGGGCUAGUAGAACAGGGGCUUGAAUUCUUCGGUUCGAUGAACGAAACCUUCGGCAUCGAGCCGAGAGAUGAGCAUUACUCUUGUGUAAUCGACAUGCUCGGCCGAGCUGGGAAGCUCCGGGAAGCUGAGGAAUUCAUCCAUAAAAUGCCUUGCAAGCCCAACGCCCACGCUUGGUGCUCUCUUCUCGGCGCUUGCCGGACUUACGGGCGGAAAGAGCUCGGCGAGCUGGCGGCGGAGAAGUUGAUGAAACUAGAGCCGGAGAACAGCGGAACCCAUGUUCUUCUCUCGACCAUCUACGCCGGCGUGGGGCAGUGGGAGGACGUGAAGGCGGUGAGGAGGUUGAUGAAGGAUAACGGGAGGAAGAAACUGCCGGGACUGAGCUGGACUGAGGUGGAGCAGAAGACGCACGUGUUUGGCGCAGAGGAUUGGUCGCAUCCUAGGAAGGAUGAGAUCUACAAGAAGAUGGAGGAGCUGUGGGUGCGGAUCAGAGAAGAAGGGUAUGUGCCAUACACGGCGGCGGUGGUGAGCAAGGUCGAGGAAAGCGAAAAGGAGAGGCUUUUGAGGCAUCACAGUGAGAGAAUCGCGGUGGCGUUCGCUCUGAUAAGCUCGCCGGUGGGGAAGCCGGUUAUCGUGAAGAAGAAUCUGAGGGUUUGUGUGGAUUGCCAUUCGGCGAUUAAGCUUAUUGCGAAGGUAGAGGAGAGGGUGAUUAUUGUAAGGGAUAGUGCUCGGUUUCACCAUUUUCGGGAUGGGAGUUGCUCUUGCAGGGAUUAUUGGUGAUUGUAGAGGGAUUCUUCCAGUGCAAAGAUGUUGGUGGUUUAGAUUUAUAUUAAAUGAUUUUAUGAUUUAUUUGA